AUGGCCCAUUCUCAAAUUCAUACAUCUGACCCGGCUGGACACGGAGUUUCUUCGCGAUGUAUAGAACCAUAUGGCUUCGAACAGCUCAUGCAUCCGAUCGACCUGGCCAUCGACCAGAGAGCAGACACGCGCGUAAGAUCAACCCUGCCAUUGGACUCCGUCGAUUCACCUCAAAUCAGCACAACUCCCGACGACAGCAACAAGAAUAGCGAAGUCGACUGCGAAUGCGAUCGUGUGCUCGAUGCGAUGCAAUGCCGCUUGCCACUGCGAAGACACGCUGAUAGCCUAGUGGCCAUCUUCUUCUCCAGACACCAGCGUAUGCUUCCUGUGCUACAUGAAUCAACAUUUAUGAAGCAGUAUCACGCAUUGUGGGAGUCAACCUAUACUAUUUCCCGUCAAAACACGCAGAAGCUACCCUCAUGUCUCGGGUUGUGCAAACAAAAGAGUAAAGGUACGCUAUUUCCUGCAACACUAAACGUCGUAUUCUCUUUGGGCGCCCUUUUCGCAUCUCGAGACGCGGAACGCAAUUCUGAGCAAGCCCGAGAAUAUUUUCGCUUGGCUGAGAGCAUAGAUAUCUUGCAGGCCUUAGAUGGAGAGGUAGGAAUUGAGCUGGUCCAGCUGGCAUUACUAAUGGGAUUCUACUUACAAAGCACCGAAAGAUUCUCAAAGUGCUGGAAUAUUGGGGGUUUGGCCAUUCGUAUGGCUCAAAACAUGGGUUUGCAUUUCAGCAUUUCCGAGGCUUGUAAGAGGGGACUUCUCUCCCCUCGCUCAACACAGUUGGACUGUGAGAUGCGUCCAUUACUGGUUUCCGCGAGUGGAAAGUUCUUGAAACUACCAGAGCCGAUCGACGAUCAGCUUCUGAGCAACGAAGUGGGCAAUCCGAAAGUCCAACCAAAAGAUUUCCACAGCCCCAUGGAGUACUACACGGAAACGGCAAAGCUUUAUAAAAUUUUAGGCCAGGUGCUGGAAAAACAGGAACCAGAACUGAUUUCCGAUUCAUUUUCGACUACACAAUCCAUCUUGGGUCUUGAUGUAAAAAUAAUGGAGUGGCAAAGUAAUUUACCCCGACACUUAAAGCAGGAGCCUUUGCCAGUAGAUAUGGACUUCUCUGAUGACCAUAUCUCAGAAUUCUUUCUUCCAGAGUCCCUCGGCAUCCUUGAUUUCCCAGCCUUGGCAAGGAGGCUACACUGCAGAUUCCUGCACACCCGAAUACUCAUCUUGAGACCUGCACUUGAGUCGUUGUUCCAGAAACAGCAGCGCCAGAAACCCGAUGUUGUUUUCGGGCUUCCCAAGACGGGAAUCCUCCAAGAUUCUCUGGUGCGCAGCAUUGCGGCACAAUGCGUGCUUCUCGCCAUCGACCUGGUAAAUUAUCUGGCAACUCAAAUCCGCACCGAAACCUUUCUGUGUUGGUGGUAUAACAUCAGCUUCCUCCAUGUCUGCGGUAGUGCACUCUUAAUGGGCCGCCUGUGCACAUUUGACAAAGGCGAGAUUCCCUUGGGUUCACUGUGUCGCAGUUGGACGUUGUGUCUACAACACCUUUCCAACUAUGAAAAGUUAAGCAAGAUCGCAAGGAAAUCCUCAUAUCUACUCCAAGAAAGUGCAAAGCGCCUCAUAGGACCCCAAGAUUUGCAGGUUAGGGAAGAUGAUGAUGAGGCUCUCCUGGAUGAGCCCUUUCACCAUGACUCCACCCAAACCAUUAGGUCCUAUAUGGCAACAAACCUGUUCGGCUUUGAACAUUCAUCACACCCUGUGACCCUGGCAAGUCAACUGGACACUACCCCUGCCGUCGCAAAGAACGUGUCCUCACAGUCGAGACAAGACCCAGAGAACACGUCAGCACCUAGCUUUACGUUUGGCCAGGAUGAGAUUGGACACGCAUUCUCGGAUCUCACAGGUCAUGACUUGUGGGAUUCCACACUCGAUGGAUACUCGUCGUGGCCUCUCAUGCCACCAAUUUCUCAGUUGGUGAUGCUUCCACUACAGUUUGAUGGUUCGAAUAACCUUUCAUAA